GGCCAUCAUCUUAUUCCUUUAGUACUACUAUUAGCUCUGCUUACUCUCCAAUUAUGCAGUGCUAAUGAGCUUCCCAGCAAAUCCAACACUCAGUAAAAAGAUCUUGCAGCGUCACAACUUAUCCGAAAUUGUGCUACAACUCGCUCUCAAUCUACGCCGGAAAAAUCUAGCACAAACUGCUCUCAAUGUGACCAUUGCAGCAACCCAAGAAACAUAUGUGAUCAUGAAAAGGUUGUCGAAAACCCACGGUUUGAAUCCCAUAGAGGCAGCAGCGCUCGACUGUGUGGAGGAGAGUGGAGAUGCUGUUGACGAGGUCCAAAAAUCGAUCGAUGAACUUGGUCAUGUAGCUAGAGGAUCAAAUUUCUGGGUUCAAAUGAGUGACAUUCAAACAUGGGUUAGUGCUGCAUUAACAGAUGAGGACACCUGCAUGGAUGCCUUUGAUGAACAUCACAUGAGUGGAAGAGUGGAGAGUCUUGUCCCUAGGUACAUAGUGAACGUUGCACAUCUUACUAGCAAUGCUUUGGCACUCAUCAACAGGUAUGCUUCCGUGUCGAAUGAAGCCGUAGAUUCUGAGUGGUUCUCAGGAAAGGUAUGACGGUCGUAGAAAAUAAAUUCUACGACCGAAACGGGUUACUUGGUACUCAAGAAAGAAAGAAAAAACCCAAUAUUUGGUAAGUGAGAAAUUGCUUUUGGUUUUUGUGUGUGAGUGAGUGUUAUAGUAAAGAAGCCCAACUCUGUUUUUUAUGAUUUUUUUUUAUUUUUUAUUUUUGGUUGGGAGUAUGAAAUAUUGGAAUGUAAAUAGCCAGAUGUAUACUACGCCAAGAUGAAUAUCAAGCCAUAAUUAUUUUAUAGGUCUUUCUUCUUUUUUUAUUUAUAUAUUUAAUUGUAUUUUUAUUUAUAUAUUUUAG